AUGGAAUCAAGCAAUGCGGACAUCUCAAUUCUCGCGAUCGGCCGACCAGUAGCGUCUCAGCUCAAGGAGAAGCUUGAACGAAGCCUCCUCCGGCCGUCGACCGGCCAGCGAUAUCUACCGUCCGCCGUGCUGUGGGGAGAUGAUUCUGCACUGAAGCUCUUCGAAAAAUACUCGGCACUUCCGGAGUACUACGCAACAAGAGACGAAAUCAGCCUUCUCCAGCAUUGGAGCACUGACAUUGCCGGCCAUGUCGCUCCUGGCUCUGUCCUUGUCGACCUCGGCUGCGGCGACGUGAAUAAAGUCAAGCCAUUUCUGGACGCGCUAGAGGCAUCGCACAAACCUGUGAAGUAUUAUGCGCUGGACCUUUCAGAGCUCGCCUUGAAACGCAACCUCGAAAAGCUGCAGGCUGCCUGUUACAAACAUGUGGCAUGCAAUGGGCUUUGGGGAACAUUCGACGACGCUAGAAAGUGGGCGACAGAUGUCUCUGAGCCUAUCUGGUACAUGUCGCUCGGUUCCAUCUUCGGCAACGACGAAUUCGACGUUGCCGUCCGGGACCUCCGUACAUGGAGCAAUGCCAUGCGACCUCAAGACUACAUGUUGCUCGGGGUUGAUGGGUGCCCUGACAAGGAGCGGAUUUGGAGGUCUCUGAACACUCCUAUCCCUGGCAUGCCGAACUUGGUCGAACAUGGCUUGGCUCUUUCGAACACCAUACUGGGUCACACAUGGUAUCGCCCCGAGGAGUGGGAGGUGUUCGGCGUCUGUGAACAGCUCGGUCCAGUAUGCACGCAUCAGUGGGUGAUCCGUGCCCUCAAAGACACAGCUUGCGACGCAUUGGGAUUUCACGCCUCGAAAGGCGACGAGAUUUACACUGUGAAGUGGUUCAGAUGGGGUCCAGACGGCAUGAAGAAGCAAUUUGACCAUUCCGACUUCGAGCAGGUGGCUUCAUGGAAAUCCCCUACCGGACCUGUUUAUCAAUACUUGGUCAGGCCCGCCAAAAUGGCUAAUUAG